UGCGGCGCCGCCUCUGCCCACACACGCCCACUCGCACUCACACACACACUCACACGCACUCACACCCAGCCCUCACCAGCACACUACUGCUUCAGCCUCGGUAGCUCUGGGACUGUCGUCAAUGCAUUCCAGCAACCCCAAAGUGAGAAACUCUCCGUCAGCUAACACUCAGAGCAGUCCCAAAUCCAAGCAGGAGGCCAUGGUGCGCUCACCACCCGUGAUGUCUCCCUCCAGUGCUGCCCAGAUGGACUCCAAACUGCCCAAUCAGGGAAAACAAGGGGGAGCCAGCAGCCAAUCGCAGCCAUCUCCCUGCGACCCCAAGGCCCUGAGUGGAAGCCACACGCCCAAAGGCCCUCAGGGCUCUGUGGGGGGCAUGGGACUCAAAAAUGGACAAGGCCUGAACUCGGGCAGUGGGGCAAAAAGCAAGAUCAAGAGGGAGAGAAGCACUUCGGUUGAGUCCUUCGAGCAGAGGGAUACAGGAACACCUAACAAUGAGGGGGACCAGAAAGAGCUGGGCAGUAGGGCAAAGAGGUUAUGUGUUGCCGAACGACGGCAGCCCUACAGUGGAGCUGACUGGUGUUCAGGGGGAGAGAGUGAUGAGGAUGACCCAGGCUUCUUCAACUGUAACUCCAGUGACAUAAAGCCAGAUCCAGGCACCCUCUCAGCCUCCACGCCUACCCACAAUGCCGUUGGAGGACAGAACACAGCAUCAGAAUUAGGCAGCAGUCAGAAACCUGGGUCAAAGGUUGUUUAUGUCUUCACCACAGAGAUGGCAAACAAGGCGGCAGAGGCAGUUAUAACGGGCCAUGCAGAAAAUAUUAUUGCUUAUCACAUGAACAAUAUCUCCAAUGGCAAGGGUGGCAAGCCACAACUCCCCUUGAACAAUCAGCUCGGACCCCACCGGAAUGACCCCAAACAGCAGGGUGCACCAUCCCAACAACAGCAGUCAUCUCACCCUUCUGAACAGAACCACCAAGCAGCCUCCAAAGCAACGCAACCAGGCCAGCCACAGCAGCAGCCUCCAGCGCAACCAGUUCAACCUCAGCAGCCAGCCCAAGGGGCAAAACCAGCCAACCUUCCUCAGGAUGGCCCACCAUCAGGGGGCAUGGACUCGAAGAGCCUCCCCAGCAGCAGCCCCCAGGAUGGUGCUGGGUCACAUGAUGGUAGUAAUCCCGCAGGGACGCCUGGUAGCCAGGCUCCCAACCAGCCUCCCACUGCUGGCCCUCCGCAGGGCUUCCCUUCCCUUGACCUGCCCAAAGGAGCAGAUGUUAAGUUAACAGCCCAGCACCAGCAACAGCUAGCUCAUGAGAUCAUGUCCAGCAUGGGGGACAACCCUGAGGGUCUCUCCCAGGAGCAGUUGGAGCACCGGGAACGUUCCCUACAGACUUUGCGCGAUAUACAACGUAUGCUGUUCCCUGAUGACAAAGACAUGGCUGCCAUGGGGCAAGGGAACAUGGGUGGGCCCCCACCCAAUGCUGCCAUGAUGGAGGGCGGGCCCAAGAAGCCUGAACAAGGGCCGCUUCAGGCUAUGAUAGCCCAGUCCCAGAGCCUGGGGAAAACUGGUGGUCCUGGGGGUCCACGCCCAGAUGGACCUCCUUUUGGGCCCCCAGGACCCAGGGACAUGCCUUUCUCACCUGAUGAGCUUGGGCCUCCUCCACAAGGUCCGGGACCCAUGAAUUCUCAUCCAGGACCUGGUGGAGAGCAUGGUGACCACAUGACACCAGAGCAGAUGGCCUGGUUGAAGUUACAGCAGGAGUUCUAUGAGGAGAAGAAGCGCAAGCAGGAACAAAUGCAGCACAGACCAAUGGGAGAUAUGAUGAUCCACCAGGGUGGCCCAAGAGCCAUGAUGCGAGGACCACCGCCUCCCUACCAAAUGAAUCCUGGUGAAAUGUGGGGUCCUGGCGGUCCAGAGCCAUUCCCUGAGCAGAUGAACAUGGGUCCCAGAGGAAUGCACCCACACAUGCAGAGAAUGCCAGGUUUCUCUGGAAUGAUGAACCCAGAUAUGGAGGGAGGGCCUAAUGCAAUGCCUAGGCCUGGCAUGAACUGGCCUGAUGAUAUGCCCAAAAUGGGGGAUGGAAGGGGGUUCCCACCAGCUCAAGGGAUGUUUGGAGGUCCUGGAGGGCGAGUGGAGAGGUUCCCCAACCCUCAGUCUGUACAGGAAGCAAUGUUUCAUCAAGGCAUGGGUGAUAAGCAAGGUAUGGGUCUACCACCAGGCAUGAUGAUGGAGAUGAACAGGAUGAUGGGGACCCAAAGGCCCAUGGAGCCUGGGAAUGGGGGUGGCAUGAUGUUUCCCAGAAUACCAGGUGAAGGUCCCAUGAGCCCCUCUUCAAGAAUGGAGUUUGUAAAAGGGCUGGGGCGUGACAUGGGUGAGUUCGGCAUGGGACCUGGCAACCUCAAUGUUAAUAUGGGGCCCAGUCCUCAGAUGAUGCCUUCUAAGAUGAGAGAGCCACCAAUGAACAUGAGUCCAGAGGAGAUAAUGAAGAUGAGGCAAGGUGGAGGUCCCAUUCCUGAGAAUAUGGGCCCACAGCAGAAGAUGAUGCAGGGUCCUCCUUUUCCUGACCAGCCUCACCCAGGUGACUUCAACAUGGGACCCAACCGACAGUUUCCAGGCAUGGGUCCUCAAGGACCUGGAAAUCAAAGAGGCCCCAGAGGUGAACCACCCUUUCCCCCUGAUCAGCGAGGAGGCAACGUGGGUGGAAACGGUCGUCUCAGCCACAUGCCACCUUUACCUCCCAAUCAACCUACAAACAACUCAGGUCCUCCACCCAACCAGAGGAACAUGGGUCGCAAGCCUUCUGACCUGAGCGUCCAGUCCGGCCCGGCUAAUUCGCCCAAUGUCAACCCACUCAAGUCUCCCACGCUGCGGCAGGUUCAGUCGCCCAUGUUAGGCUCUCCCUCGGGUAACUUAAAGUCUCCACAGACACCUUCCCAGCUGGCUGGCAUGCUCAGUGGACCUUCAGCGGUGGCGGCUGCUGCAGCAGCUGCAGCUGCUUCAAUCAAGUCUCCUCCAAUGAUGGGCUCAGCAGGGGCUUCACCCGUCCAUAUGAAGUCGCCUUCACUUCCUGCCCCUUCCCCUAGUUGGACAUCAUCGCCCAAGCCGCCCAUGCAGAGUCCAGGGAUCCCCCAAAAUAACAAACCUCCGCUCAGCAUGACCUCGCCAAAUAUGAUGGGCAAUGUGGAGCAAGGUGGAGGUGCUCCUCCUUCCGCGCCUCCUUCCAGUAGUUCUGCCAGCCAGCCCAGCGCUAUCAAUGUUCCUGGAAGUCUUCCGUCCAGCAGUCCUUAUACUAUGCCCCCAGAACCCACGCUAUCCCAGAACCCUCUCUCUAUCAUGAUGUCACGCAUGUCCAAGUUUGCCAUGCCUAGCUCCACACCCUUAUACCACGAUGCCAUUAAAACUGUGGCCAGCUCAGAUGAUGACUCGCCACCUGCGCGAUCACCAAACCUGCCAUCAAUGAACAGUAAUAACCCUGGUAUGGGAGUGAACCAUCACCAAGGCCAUCCGCGUAUGAUGACCCCCAACUCCUCUGGCCCUAUGCCUUCGCUCAGCCCCAUGGGCAUGAACGCUAUGGGCUCCCAGCCUCUUUCCCAUGGUAUGCCCAAUCAGAUGCCCUCACCCAAUCCUAUGGGCCCUAACAUGCCUCCUCACUCUGGGCCCAUGGGUCCUGGCAUGAUGUCCCAUGGCAUGAUGAUGCCUCCUGUCUCCCAAGACCCAAGCAUGGGCAACAGCCAGAUGAUGCCCCAAGGUCGCAUGGUUCUCCCUCACCGAGGACAGGGCUUCCCUCCAGGGCAGUCACCUCCUCAGCAGGUGCCCUUCCCUCACAACGGUCCCGGGCCUCAGGGUGGCUUCGCGCACGGGAUGGGCUUCCAGGGAGAGGGUGGCCCAAUGGGAAGGAUGGGAAGCAUGCCCCACGGGCCUGGCGGAGAACCAGGAAUGUGUAAGCCCAACACGCCCGGGGGCCAGGAGUUUAACAACAUGCCUGGCGUCUUCAAUGACUCGGACCUACAUGAGGUGAUGCGGCCGGGCGCCUCGGGCAUUCCUGAAUUUGACCUCUCUCGCAUCAUCCCUUCGGAGAAGCCCAGCCAGACUCUGUCUUACUUCCCUCGUGGCGGUGAGGCGCCUGGUGGCAAGCCACCUCACUCUUCCGGUCCGCCUGGCUUCCCCCCCAUGCAGGGGAUGAUGGGGGAGGGCAACCCCAGGAUGGGCCUUCCCAUGCAGGGCAUGGGUGGCCCACCAGGCCCUGGCCACAUGGGGCCCCAGGACAUGCCCAUGGGUAAUCCCGGACACAACCCUAUGCGACCGCCGGGCUUCAUGGGCCAGGGCAUGAUGGGGCCUCAGCACAGGAUGUUAUCACCGAGCCAACAGCCUGGCAUGAUGGGAGGCCCAGGAAUGAUGCAGGGCAAAGAAAGGCCAAUGUACAACCAUCCUGGCCCUGUGGGCUCCCCCAACAUGAUGAUGUCACUACAAGGGAUGGGUGGCCCUCAGCAGACUAUGAUGAUGACUUCUCAGAUGAGGCCUCGGAUGGCAGCAGACAUGGCAGGGAUGGGCUUUAACCCAGGCCCGGGGAACCCUGGGAUGAUGUUCUGAGCUGCUACAAGGAACCAACGAGCCUCCGCCACAAAUUAACAAACAUCCGGAUACUGCAAAACCUGUGAAAAUAAGGAUUUUUUUUAUAAAUAGAAACAAAAUGAGAGCUAUGUUUGGAUGUGUUCUUGUAGGACAAUGUGUGGGAACUAUGACACUUGUUGCUUGAACACACCUGGGUAGGAUAAGGCUGAUGUACUUAUAUACACACACACACACACACACAUACACACACGCGGACAUCUGGAUGUAUACAGUGGGAAUCCUUACCCUUGAGAAUGGACGUCGUGUUACAGGUGGAGUGUUACGAGGGGACUUAGUUUGGCUGCACACUACAGUAAUGUGCCCUCCUCUCCAUUUAGUCCCGUUUUGGCUCUGUUUGGAACAUCAGGAAUGUAUUCGGAUUCAGAGAAACAGACUCAGAGUAAGGUCCUCUUAGCCCGAUACUGUGUGGCCAUAAUAAAUUUUUGUGUGGCCACAUACAAAGCCAACAGCAAACCAAGUAAAAGGAUGACCUGAAAGUAGCAGUUUAUUGUUGUACUUUUAUAUAAAACAAAAAAAAAAAAUCAAAAGGAGGGAGGUAACUGAGCAAAAAUGGUUGGAGAAAAAACACAAACUGAAUGGACAGUCAUGGAAACAAACGAAAAAAAAGUCAAGGAACAUUUUGUCACAAGUUGCACCGUCUUGGCUGUAUGUUUACAUCUCAUCGCAUCACUUCCCUCCGAGUCAUGAAAUGCUCUUUGUAUGUGUGUACUGUACUUGUGUUGUUAAAGGGAUUUUACCAGUGA